AUGGAUGUCUCGCCAGAAUCAAAAUCUCCAGGGCGAUCCAGAAGAGAGGGCAGCCUGGCCCUGUUUGACCAUAUUGAAGACGAGAGAGACUUCGAUAAGCUUGGCUCCGUCAUUCCGGACUCCCAAGUGGUAACUAAACCUUUCACAGCCCAACCACCUCGGAAGCGGUUCUCUGUACCUGAAGAGGAGGUUUCAAUAUCUACCAUCUCCGAGGGCUUCUGCUUUGGCGAGAAGAAGCCCCCUCACCCUGGACAAUUCUCUGAGAGACCCAGAGCAGAAAAGUCUCAAGCAACAGAGACUUCUUGCUUUUUCCCCAAACCGCCGGGCCUACUCCCUCAACGCCCUCUAUCUAACCAACGACAUGCUCCUGUUCUCCAAACUGCCCAGCCCGCAGCACCAUUAGAUCUCCCUGAGAUCGGACUGGUAGGCAGAGGUUCUUACCCUGAGAACUCUCCUGCUCCACGACGUGAUAGCAUUGUUGGUUCAUCUAGCCACACCCCAAGAUCGUUGCCCGGAAAGGCCUCUUCUACAGGGAUAGUUGAUGGCGCUACGAUCACACAUGUUGACAGUCCCGCAGUUUCCCGUACUCGCUCUCCUUCCGUCACUGCCAUGAGUAAGUCACCUGCAAAAGUUGAAUUGUUCUCAAGCGCUUCAGAAUGCCUUAGAAUGGUUGAUCAAGACAACGAUCCUGGGCAGACAGGGGAACGGAGCGAACUUCCAUCCUUCCAGCCAAACGACCGUCGACUUCAACUGGAAGAGCUGAAACUUCCGCUUCCGCAUAUCGUACGUGCAGAGCGAAGUCAACAUCAUCCAUCAUCUUCCAGUGCUUGCGGUGAUCUGGAAACCCCUUUCCCACAGACUCCGAAAGCCACAACGGCCCGGGGCUACAGUUCACGUAGCCAUAGGUCCAGUCAGCCGCCUCCAACAUCAGAGCAUUACAGAGAUUGGGACAGCCAUCGUGGCCGCUCGCAAUCCAGAGCUAGCAACAUAUCCAAGAAACGCUCCACAAGACGAAAAGUCCGAUCUCAGCCAACAAAUGAUCCGAAUAGAAAGAAGGUUGCAAUGCAGAAUGUAGCUCAGCACUGGAAUGAAUGCAUCCAGAUUGCUGAGGCUGAGCGUCACGAAGCUAUUCAAGAGAUUGUGCGUCUAGAGGAUAAAGUCAACCAUACAAAGGAGGUUUUGCGGAAAUCAAUGCAAGUCUUGUCUGAAAAGGAUUCCCGAAUCCAAGAGUCGGAGAGCCGUUGUCAUAAAUUGGAAAAAGCAGGGUCUCUUGCAGAAAAGGAAAGACAGAAACUGCAUGUCGAGCUGGAAUCUUUGCGUUCGGAUCUGGCCAAAUCUCAAGACCAUGCGACAUCGAUGCAGGAAAAGUAUCGCAAGAACAAAGCCAAACUCAACGAGGCUAUCGAAGAGCAGCAAGCACUUUUCUCUCGGACUCGUGUUCUUCACCAGGAAACCAACGAGGAGUUGCAGAAAGAAAAAGAUAAGCGUGCAGCCGAUGCCAAGGCAGUUGAAGUAGCACUUGGAGCCAGUCAGAAGAAGCGUGAGGAGCUGAGGGAUUGCAUUGAAGAAUAUCGGGCGGAGGCAGAGCAAGAGAUGAAGCAAAAAAAUCGCACCAUUUCAGAACUGCAGACACAACUUGAGCUUCAACAGAAGGAACUUGCUCGUGAGAAAGAUAUGGCAGUCGAACUCCAAUCCCGGCUCGAAUCAGAGUCAGCCCUUCUGGAUAAAAUUACAACGAUCCAUUCUGAUAUACAAUCAUUAAAAGACAGCAACGACAAGCAGAAUGAGUGGAGUGAAAAGUGUGAUAAAACGACGGUCAUUCUUUCGGAAAAACUCGAUCUGAUGGGCAAUCAGCUGAAAGUAUCCACUGAGAGCCAAUUGACUAAUGGGGACUUCAAAUCAAUGAUACAAGAUCUGCAGGCCAACAUCCUUUCCCGCCUUACAUCAGAACUACACAACGUCAUUUCGUCCCAGGCAAAGGCUGAGCAAUCAGCCACAUCCCUUCAAGACACGAUAAGCGAUCACUUCGGGAAGCUGCAUAGCAGUAUUAUGGACCAGCAGAAGUUUCAGUCGAAAGACCAGCAAUGGCGUGAGGAAACCCGUCAGGCUCUUGGUGAACAUCUUGAUUAUAUAUCUACCAAAACCAUCGAAACUCAGAAGACCUGCAACGAAACCAAGAGCAUCUUAGAUGAGCUUGCCACCGGUCGCUCAGCUUGGCAAGAAGGUUUUCAAAGUCGCUACAGUACUCAGGUCAUCGAACAGCUUACGGAUCGAGAAUCAAAGAUUGGCAAAUUAGAGGAAACUCUACGUCAGGUUUCUCAGGACUGGUCCAAGAAGCUAGACACAAUGCGGUCUGCCAUGCAUGACAGCGAUGAACAAGCCAAAAAGCACUUACAGACGGCUGUUCAGGAGAUCAGAAUCCAACUUGAGGAGAAGCUUAGAGAGGAGAAAACAGCGUCUGAAAAGGACAUUUCCAGGUCUGAAGGGAUGCAGGCGACAUUGAAGACGCAUCUCGAACAAGUCAAAUUGCAACUCGAAGGAAUGUCAUCUAACGAUCCAGAAUCGCAGCUCCUGCGCGAGACUCUGGCCGAGGAGCGUAGGAAGACUUGUGCUUUGCAAGAGCAGCUCGCCAAAUUUGAGAGCGAUUCUAAGGCUAACGGUGAACUAUGUCAGAGACAACACCAGGAUCUCAGGGCCAUUGAGACAUUAAAGAGCCAGCUACAAGACAUGAGCGAGCAUGUACCUCGAGUGGAAACUCUAAAUACAACUUUUAACAAAAUGGUCGACCUCAACCAGAUGAUGCAGUCCACGGCAUUAUACCUGGGCAAAGAACGCCAUUGGGUCAAUGAGCAACUCAGCACCACCUCUCAAGAUGUUGACAUCCAUAACCCACAGACAAACACUAGCGGAACUGAGUCGGUCUACUUCGGCGGAAAACGCUCAGAAGAGCCUGCUGCCCGGGUUUGUACACAGAGUACCGAUACCAAGCUGACAGCCAGUCUCAGUGACCUUUCUACACUUGAUGUUCAUUCCCAGGGAGAAAGGUAUCGCCGCAAGGUAACUGUCGCCAGUCCUGCGUUGGGUGUCUCUUCAACAACUCAGCCGCCCUCAAUCACACAGGAGCAACUUCGAAGACGUGAAGCCAGCAUUCCACGGUCCAUUCUUCGACCGACAGCUUCUUCCAUCGAGGAUCCUGAGUCUAUUAGAGCGCCCGCGAACCAUAGCCAAUACAACAGGCCUGUGUCGGCUAAAAGGAGUUCAAUGACAGGGUUUACCAAUCCAGCAAUGGUAGAACAGAUUCGCUCGGGCCUCGUCCAAUCCAAGACAAAGCGUCCGGACUGGGAGUUUCCUACAAUGGAGGAUUUUGCUAAAGAAAUUCACCCGAAUGGGAGGGACGAAGUCAAACCAGGCAAAAAACACAACAUUACCGUCGUGGGUGAAGUAGAGGAUAAUGCUCCAGCCAUGAAACGGGUCAAGUCAGAAGAACCACAGGAUGACUCUGCAGAUGUGGAUGCGAUGGACAGACAUCGGCCAUUGAUGCUUCGUACGCACCAUGUUAUCCGAAAAACGUACUCGAAGAAGCAAAGCGACUAA